UGACAGUGAAGGCGCGUUUGAAGUCAACAAGAAAAGGGAGGGCAUCGAUCAUGCAAUGGCAAAUCGACUGUCCCCUCUACUGCUCUACACGGCAUGCAUGUCGGUCCGUUGACAGGCUCCCUGGCCACCCACCCGCCGUCACAGGCAUGGAAAUCGCCGCACUGCCACUUUGCCGCCCACGGCGCCCUCACGGCCUCGAGGGGAUUCUCGUAAGGAUUGCCUGGAUGGAUGGACAGACAGACAGACAGACAGACAAUGGGACGCAGUGGCUGGGUAGCUCAAGGAGAGCCCUAAAAUACCUCGUGUGAGAUGGAAGACCCCCCUGUGCAGGUCCAUGAUAAUGGUCGAUAUCGUGCCACUCAUCAGCUCAUACCUAAACACCACACACACACGCCCACACACACACACAUGGCAGGGGGCUAUCCAUCCAUCCAUCCAUUCAUCCCUCUUAGCGCACUCCAUCUGCUCACGUGUCAAGCUUGUAAGGCCGUUGGAUGGGAUACUCUGCAUUGGACCGGUCUGCAAGCAUCUUGUGGAUGUCGGGGAGCAGUGGAGGGCCGCUCAGCUGCUGUAGCAGCCCGUCCAGCGUGUGGAACCGUGCAUACGACGAUUCACUGCCUGUGACUUGGUUCUGAAGGCCGCAGCCCAGAUAAUGAUUGGUGUGGAAUGGGAUGGAGUGGGAGAAAGGCCGGGAGGGGCACUUGUCGGUCGCCGGCAGACAUUUGAUCUCAUCCAUCGCUGAGUCACACAGCAAGAGAGGGGCACAGGGAGGGAAGCAACGAGUGAGCACGUGCCCGCCGUCUCUCUGUCAUCCCAUCGUCGCAUGCUUACUUUCUCUCGAGAAUUCGAGCAUGUGGCAGGUCGAUGUCCUGUCGGCCAUGAUGAUGCAGCUGGCUGUAUCCCUCAUCCUCUGCGGCAGGGCCCUCAGCUUCGCCAGGGCGUCGCCCACGGAGUGCGAGUCCAGCACCAUCCUCAAGAUAAUGUGGAUAGGCACCCCAUAGUUUGGCGGAGGCACAGUGCCUGGCGGCGGUGCGGGAGCCUUCUCGGUCAGCAGAUUCAGCGUCACGCCCACACCCGCGCUGUUCAUGCCUAUCUGGGUGGACACACAGCAACACAGACAAACAACGCUGGCCCCCUUCCCCUGACCUCUCUGUCAUACGCACCUUUCCUAUUAUCCCCGGUUCUGUCAGCAUCAUGAUCUGCGAUCCGUCAGGCUUGUCCAUAAGCAUGAGAACAACCAAAUCCUCCAGCGUCUCAUCCCAGUCCCAAUUCUGUGCCAGCAGGCCGGCACGCGCGUUGCAGAGAGCGGUGCACUCACUCGGGGCAGAGGAGGCGUCAGCCCCCUCGAGAAGGCUCUUCUUGUAGUUAAGAAGCUCAGUGCGGCAAUUUAGCGUGUACACCUGCAGCAAAGAAACAGACGGUAUACACACAUAAUAUCAAUGGCAGACAAACGGUCCACAUCCAAUCCAAUGAGAGGCGACUCACGCACCGCCCGUUGCCUGUGAGCGACUGACUGACCUGCCAUGCUGGCAUGUUGGCCCCCUCUGCAAUGCCCUCCAGCUCCUCUGUGUACGCCGGGUUGAAGUUCCGGAUGCUGGUUGCGAACCCCUGGCACUGCUCCUCUAUCUCGCUCUCAGUGAAGUGCCACUUCUGCCUGAAGAAGUCCAUAUAAAAGGUGCUGGUGGCUCUUAUCCGCUCUGCGAUGGCGGCGCCAUGCUGCCGCCCCAGCUCUCGCCAGCUGGUGGCUCCGGAUAUCUUGACCAGAGGAACCUUCAUCGAUAGACAGCCUUCCUGCACUGCACACACAAGCAGAGCACAUGUGAUAUGCACAGGCAUCACAAUCGCAAGGCAUAUGAUGAGUGCCAUCGCGCAUUCUCACCUUGGACAACGCGUUCAAUGAAGAUGAGGUGAAGAUCUGCUCUUGUGGCAGUGUAAUCAGCUGGCUGGCGCUCCAGGCGCUACCAAGCGCAUCACCAAAU